AUGGAAGAAGCAGUACCAUUAACUAACACAACAACAACACAAAAUCCAACAACAGGCACAGAAAAGUCUACAAAAGGGUGGGUAGACGAGAUCUCCCCUCAUAUGGAAACUUAUUUACAGACACAACCUACUUAUGGUCUAACUCAUGAACAAGUGACUGAACGUUUAGCACAGUUUGGACGAAAUGAAUUGGUAGAGAAAAAACGAAAUAAAAUUUUACACUUCUUAUCUUUCUUUACUGGAGCUAUUGCUUAUCUCAUGUUACUCUCCAUUAUUCUAACAGCUGUUACUAAGGACUGGAUCGACUUUGGUAUUAUCUUGGGUAUGUUGAUUGUCAAUGCUAUCAUUGGAUAUGUCGAAGAAUCACGAGCGGAGUCUGCUGUAGCUUCUCUUCAACAAAGUCUUGCGCUAAAAACCAAAUGUUGGCGUCAGGGACAAUUGAUGGAUGUUGAUGCUGCAGAACUUGUUGUGGGUGAUAUUGUGAUCCUUCGUUUAGGUGAUAUCAUCCCUGCUGAUUGUAGACUUCUUGGGAUUGGUGUGAAUGGAGAACAUGCUGAAUGUGACCUUCAAGUGGAUCAAAGUGCUUUAACUGGAGAAUCCUUGUUGGUGAAGAAAAGAAAAAAUGAUAUUGUCUAUUCCUCUUGUAUUGUCAAACAAGGUCAACAACAGGCUGUGGUUGUUCGUACAGGUCCUCAUUCUUUUAUCGGUCGUGCUGCUAGUCUGAUCACUGUCACCACAGAUGGUGGUCAUUUUCAAAAGGUGAUCAAUUAUAUUGGAAAUUUCUUGAUCAUUGCUACUGUCUUCUUGGUGACUAUCAUUUUCAUAUUUGACCUAGUGGAGCAGAAAAUUCGAACUGGUUUUGUUUCUGGUGAUCAUGUUUUGGCUGCUCUUAAUGAAAUGGUGGUCUUAACUGUUGCUGCUAUACCUGUUGGUCUUCCAACCAUCAUGUCUGUCACCAUGGCUAUAGGUGCUAAACAACUUGCCAAACGUCAAGUAAUCAUUAAACGACUUACUGCAGUAGAAGAAUUAGCUUCUGUCUCCAUUUUAUGCAGUGAUAAAACUGGCACUUUGACAAUGAAUCAACUGACUUUUGACGAACCUUAUUUACGUGAACCCUAUUCCAAAAAUGAUCUUUUACUUUAUGCCUAUCUCGCAAGUGAAAGAGGUACAAAGGAUCCUAUUGAAAUGGCUGUUCGAGCUGCAACAGAAUCAUCCAUUCCCACCAUCAUUCAACAAGGUCAUAUUCCAGGAUAUGAAGUCAUUUCUUUUAAUCCAUUUAAUCCAAAUGAAAAAAUGUCACAGGCAACAAUUCAACAACAACAGGAUGACAAUACAACCACUACUUUCCGUGUAGCAAAAGGAGCACCUCAAGUCAUAUUACAACUUGUGGGUGGAGAUACUAUUGCAGAACAAACCAUUGAUGCUUUUGCUACUCGAGGCUUACGUGCUUUAGGUGUGGCUCGUACUACAUCUCAUGAUGAAGGAUGGGAAUUGGUGGGUCUUUUUAGUUUGAUUGAUCCUCCACGACAUGAUUCAGCAUCUACUAUUCAAGAAUGUGCACAGUAUGGUAUUAGUGUCAAAAUGAUCACAGGGGAUCAGACUGUGAUUGCUCAAGAAGUAGCUGGUCGACUUGGUAUGGGACAACAUAUUUUGGAUGCAGAUCAUCUUGUGGAUUCAUCGAUUUCUGAGCAUCAAUUGGCUUUAGAUUGUCUACAUGCUGAUGGAUUUGCUCGUGUGAUACCUGAACACAAGUAUCGUGUUAUAGAACUUUUACAAAAUCAAGGUUAUUUUGUUGCAAUGACAGGUGAUGGUGUGAAUGAUGCAGCUGCAUUAAAAAAAGCAAACGUAGGUAUUGCGGUGGAAGGAAGUACAGAUGCUGCACGAUCUGCAUCCGAUGUCGUUUUAUUGGAACCUGGUCUAUCUGCUAUCAUUGAAGCUGUUAAAACAUCUCGUGUCAUAUUUCAUCGACUUCAUUCUUAUGCAUUAUAUCGAAUUGCAUCCACCAUCCAUUUUUUAUUGUUUUUCUUUGUCAUCACUUUGGCAGAAGAUUGGCAAAUGCCUCCAGUGUUUUUGAUUCUGAUUUCUGUCCUUAAUGAUGCUGCUACAUUGAUCAUGGCAGUAGACAAUGUCAAAAUCAGCAAACAACCUCAGACAUGGCGAUUACCUUUAUUAAUCUUUUUAUCGUGUGUUUUGGCAAUCCUUUUGGCUGGUAUUUCUUUUGGUCACUUUUAUAUUUUUAGAGAUGUUCUUCAUGUAUCACCAGGUCAAUUAUCUACUAUCAUGUAUUUACAUAUAUCUUCUGCUCCUCAUUUUGUCAUUUUUUCUACCCGAGUGAAUGGAUUCUGUUGGAAAAGUUUACCUUCAUGGCCUUUUACAUUGGUUGUUCUUGGUACACAAGUCAUUGCUUUAAUCUUAUCAGUAUAUGGCAUGUUUGGUCAAAACCCGAAUAUUGAAGGUAUUGGUUGGUCUACUGGUCUAAUCAUCCUUGCCAUUUCAUUAGCAACCUUUUUACUAACAGAUAUAGUAAAAGUGGCGACUAUUAGAUUAUGGGAUAGGAUGAAAAUAAAACGUCAACAAAGCAAACAACCAUUAUCCAUCCCACUUCAAGAACAAAGAAAAGAUGGUACUCGUGCUCAACGUUUUAUACAAAAACAGGAAGGACAAAGGUCAAGAUCAGGAUAUGAUCGAGCUCAACGACGAGGAUCCAAUACUUCUGUUCAAUCUUAUUAA